AUGAAAAUUAGUGAAAAAGAGGCAUUUCGCAAGCCAAUGAUCCAAAAGAACGAGCAAGCAAGACACCCCCAAGGACGAUACUGCCGAUAUCACAGGAUGGUGGAUCAUGACACUGAUAACUGCCGAGAAUUGAAGGAGGAAAUUGAGUCCUUGACUCGAAGAGGUUGGCUACAGGAAUUUAUUGCCAAACCAAAAGAAGCAGACCGACCUUCGUCACAGCGACCAUUGCUACAGGGACCUCCUAUGAAAGCUCAACAGACAGUUCACAAUCGUAAUCCACCCCCAUGCAGCGAAAUCAAAAUGAUGGUCAGAAGAAACCAGUAUAUUGAGGGAUCUAAAAGGGCGAAACAAAGGCAAGCCCGAAAUUCUCGAAUCAUGCUGAACUACGAAGAUCAAACCCCUCAGAUCGGCACAGACCCUGAAUGGUUAUGGUUCACAGAGAAAGAUUCUCAAGGAAUCCUCCAGAACCAAAGUGACGCCCUGGUGGUCAACAUGCCAAUUGCCAGGGUGAGUGUUCACAGGACAUUAGUGGAUAAUGGGAGUUCGAUCAACAUACUAUAUUCACGAACUUUGAGGCAAUUAGAAAUAUCGGAACGCUACCUUCAACCAUACUCAAGGAAAGAGUAG